AUGGGCACGAGUGCUAGCGCAGCACAGCAGUCAUUCUCUUCACCCAAACAAAAAGACAUCGUAGGCCUACAUGCCAAACGCAUGGCCACGGACAGACGCUCCCCUGGCAACAGUUCCCCUCAGAUGGUCAGCUUUCUGAACAGCAAGGCCAAGUCCAUCAUCACCAACAAAGUGGCGCCAGUCUUUAUCACGUAUAACUGUAAAGAGGAGUUCCAGAUUCAUGAUGAUCUCCUCACAGCCAACUACACAGUGGGCAGAAUAUCUGACACCAUGCCAGAACAUUACCUUAUAUUGGGGGAAUAUUUUAUAGUUCAGGAUGUGUACAGUAGAACAGAUGUCUUAAGUACCACAGGAAGCUAUGGGGCCCCAAACUUCCGCAAGGCUCAAGGGAGCUCCCCUAUCUAUGGCAUGGGCCAGCCCAGUCUGAAUGGCUUCAAUCAGGUCCUCCAGAGACUCCAGACAGCAGGUCACGAGGAGAUUAUAUUCUUCUGUGUCCGGGAGGAGCCAGUUGUGUUUUUACGCUGGGAAAAGGACUUUGUGUCUUACACGCCCAGGAGGAAGGAGAACCUCCAUGAGAACCUUCAUGCUCUAAAGGGAGAACUCAACCCAGAGCAGCUGGAACUAACCAUCAGGAAAGAGCUGUGUGACCUUGCGAAACUGAAUCAGAACACGUUUCACGUCUACAACGACAUUGAGCACUUUAAAGACGAGCCCCACAUUGUAUCCAUUCGGUCAGAGGAGGAUAUCCAUGUCACCGAGGAGAUCUACAAGAGAGCCUUGUUCACUCUGCCCUCUUACAGGUAUUAUCGCCUACCACUGCCAAUGGAAGGAGCACCUUUAGAGGAGACUUUUGAUGCUUUCAUCAGUGCUAUAAAGGAGACCCCCAGCCUGGCGUGUCACAGGGACAGCUGCCUCCCUCUGCCCAGUCUGCUCUUCAGCUGUCAGAUGGGGGUGGGACGCACCAACCUGGGCAUGAUCCUGGGCGCCCUGGUCAUGUGUCACCUGAAGGGAGCUCCUCAGCAAACAACGUCGGUCAAGACACAAGAGAGAAGUGAAUUUCAGAUCAUAAAGAUGUUAAUCGGCAGACUUCCAAAAGGGCAGCAAAUCCUGGAGGAGGUGAACGAUGCAAUUGCUUCAUGCUCAGAGAUGCACAAUAUUAAAGAUUCCAUCUAUGAAAACAAGAAAAAGCUGGAGGGCAUUGGAGAGGAUUACCAGAUUCAGGGAAGCAGCACAAAAAGCUAUUUUCUUCAAAGGACACUUCAGAGCCUUGAGUGUUAUUUUUACCUGAUUGUUUUUAAUGCCUAUCUUCAUGAGCAGUAUCCUUUGGCAUUUGCAAAAAAUUUCAGUCAGUGGAUGUGCGCUAAUGCCUGGCUCUACCGCCUGCUUGCUGCUAUGGAUCUGUCAGAGCUCUCUGCGCCUGCAGCUCUCAUCACAAUGGGAACCAGGGUACUGGUAGCGAGUGAAUAUCUAGCCCCAGACAUCCUGAGUACAGCCAAGGAGAUGAAAGCAUCCAACUUCAGACGGGUCCCCAAAAUGCCAGUGUAUGGCAUGACUCAGCCUGGCUCUGAGGCUCUGUCUACAGUUCUGUCCUACCUGACGGAGCAGAGGAAGCAUGCCCACCUGCUGUGGAUCAACUUGCAGGAGGAGCUGGUGAUGGAGGGCAAUGGCCAGGUGUUCAUCCCACGAGAGCCCACCUGUCUGGAGAAGCCAAUCAGAAUCUGUACACAGAGCCCACACCAACUGCAGGAACUCGAGCAGGCCCUGGCAGAGGAGGUGCUGCACUGUGGCAAGUGGCUGGAGGUGAUCCUGGAGCAGGAGAGGCAGAUGAGGAUGUUUAAGAGCUGCCGCACGCUGCAGGAGAUCUUCAGCCAGCACAGCAGCACACACACGGGUCUUCGCUACCGGCGCAUCCCCCUAGCAGACUGUUCUGCACCACACGAGGAGGUCUUUGAUGAGCUUUUGGAAGCGAUGAAGAGCAGCUUAGCUGAGGACCCGACCUCUGCAUUUGUCUUCAGCUGCCACAGCGGCAAAGACAGGACCACAGCUGCCAUGGUCAUUGCAACCCUCACACUGUGGCAUUUCAACGGCUUCCCUGAUGUAGUGGAGGAAGAGAUUGUGAGCAUCCCUGAUGCUAAAUACACGAAAGGAGAGUUUGAGGUAGUGAUGCAGAUACUGAGGCUACUGCCACAGGGCCAGCAGAUGAAGAGGGAGGUGGACAUGGCGCUGGACAUUGUGAGUGAGACCAUGACGCCUAUGCAUCACCACCUGAGAGAGAUCAUCAUCUGCGCUUACAGAAAGACAAAAGCUGCAAAAACAGAGAAAGAAUCUCAGGUUUGGCAGCUGAAAAGUCUUCAGUACCUUGAGCGCUACAUAUACCUUAUACUCUUCAACACAUACCUCCACCUGGAGAAGAAGGACUCCUGGAGACGACCCUUCACGACAUGGACACACCAGGUUGCAGCAAGAGCUGGAAUCUUUGCCAUUCUGAACCAGCUGGGUUUCUCUGAGUUUGACAAACCCAGGGAUGCGUCACUGGCCAGUCUCCGUUGCCGCUGGCGACAGCACCCUGCCCAUGCACUGCCUAUUCGUGGAGAGUUCAUCUGAAGAGUGAGGCCACAGGCUUCACACUGACUGGGCAGAAUGCAUAAUGAACCAUUAGGGUUUUGCCAUGUCUCUGUAAAUUACAUUUGCAUUUUGACACUAAUUAAAUCACUCUGAAUUUCA